AUGUACAUCGCAGACGCUCUUGUCUGUAUACUCCCUCUUCUCCCCGAAUCAACCGCGUAUACCACGCUUUCGAACAUUGCUCUUCACUCAUUACCAGAUCCUGGCCAGGAGUUUGAGUUCAGCAACGGUGCACUACUCUCUCCAAUCUUAGUUCCCCGUGUUCCAGGCAGUAAAGGUUCACGAGAUGUUCUCAAUCACUUUGCCAACUUCUUCUUCGAGACCUUACCGGAGUGGAAGAUUACGCUCCAGAACUCGACCAGUACAACGCCUACGUCAGAUGGCAACGAGAUUCCCUUUACAAAUCUCGUAGCAACGCGCGACCCACCAUGGACGGACGGUACUGGCGAUGUCAGUCGUUUAGUUCUGGCCGCACACUAUGAUUCGAAGUCCACACCUGUGGGAUUUAUCGGUGCUACCGACUCAGCUGCAUCUUGUGCAAUGCUUCUGCACAUAGCAAGGAGUGUCGAGCAAGCUCUGGCUAAGAAGUGGGAGUUUGAACAAAAGCAAGCACACGAUAAAGACCUUAACGGCGGUACGGGGAUCCAGAUACUAUUAUUUGACGGAGAGGAAGCCUUCGGUACCUGGACGUCCACGGAUUCUUUAUACGGUGCAAGGUCGUUGGCAGAAGAGUGGGAGACGCUAGCAUACUCCCCUUGGAGCGAGUAUCACUCGCCACUUUCAGCAAUACAGCUGUUCGUUCUACUCGAUCUCCUAGGCGAGGAGAACCCCAAGGUACCAUCGUACUUUAAGACCACUCAUUGGGCGUAUCAGAGGAUGGCGGAUGUUGAGAAGCGUCUUCGUGAGCAGGACUUAUUGAGAAGCUCACGGAGCCAGUUUCUUCCCGAAGCUCACAAGAAGGACACGGAUUUGUGGAUCGGUGGCUAUAUCGAAGAUGACCACACUCCGUUUAUGAUGCGUGGGGUGGAGAUCUUGCAUAUGAUUCCUUCGCCUUACCCACGCACGUGGCAUACGAUGGACGAUGAUGGCGACCAUCUUCAUAUAGACACUGUAGAAGACUGGGCUAAGGUCAUGCUUGGAUUUGCUGCAGAAUGGAUGGAUCUAGAUGGCUGGUUCGAUGUACGCUAG